AUGGUAGAAUCAACUUUAAUAUAUAGAUACGAUGCACUCCCGUUAUGUGGAUCAGUUGAUGAUGACAAUGAUACAAAUUCACAAUCAUUAUUAGAUCAAAAGAAGAAAUGUAAAAUAUUAAUAAGUAGAAUAACUCCCAAUUCAGAACCUCAAGCAACUAUAGAAUCAGGAGAUUAUAAUAUUCAUUAUUUAAUUUCUCAAAAUAUUAUAUAUUUAUGUAUAUGUAAAAGAACAUAUCCUAGAAAAUUAGCAUUUUCAUAUUUAAAUGAAAUAUCAAAUGAAUUUUAUAAUAGUCAUGGUAUUGAAGCAUUAAAUCCUCAAGCAAGACCAUUUGGUUUUUCAUCAUUUGAUAAUUUUUUAAUAAAAACUAAAAAAAUUUAUCAAGAUCAAAGAGCUCAAUCAAAUUUAGAUAAAUUAAAUAAUGAUUUAGCUGAUGUUAAAAAAGUUAUGACAAAAAAUAUAGAAGAUUUAUUAUAUAGAGGUGAUUCAUUAGAUAAAAUGAGUGAUUUAUCAAGUUCUUUAAAACAAGAUUCUUUAAAAUAUAGAAGAAGAGCUCAAAGAAUUAAUUUAGAAGCUUUAAUUAAGCAAUAUAUUCCUAUAAUUGCGACAAAAUCGACUAGUCUACUUCCAAAAGCAUCCAAUUCUCAAGUACAAUCUACAACAGAAGCAACAACUGCAAUCAAUUAUGAAAAUGUCAAUCUGGAGAUCCAAUCUAUAAGAAAUGUAUCACCAUUAACACAAGCAGAUAAUUCAAGUAUUACAUCAGAACUUUAUCUUUCAGAAUAUAUAGAAGAUUUACCAUUACCAAAUUCAAUACGGCAACGUCAAUUAAAUAAAAAUGGUGGUAUCAUAUCUUACACUGAUUUAUACAAUAAUAAUGAAGAAGAAGUAAUAAACAAAGAAGAAUAUUUUAACACACAUGUUGCAAUAUCCAAAACUAACGACGAUAAUGAAUUUCGUAGUAAAUUAAAGCAUUUUUUCAUUUUUUCAACUGCUGGAAAACCAAUAUAUUCAAUGAAUGGAUCAGAAGAUGUUAUAAUUGGAUAUAUGGGAAUAUUAACAACAAUUUUAUCAACAUUUCAAGAAAACCUACAAGAAAAUUUAAAUGUUAUUCAAUUAGGUAAUGAAUUGAAAUUAAUUGCAUUAAAUAAAGCUCCUAUUGUUUUAGUUGCUAUAUCAAAACUUUCUCAUGAAACUGAAAAUUUUAUAAAAGAUCAAUUAGAAAUAUUAUACAAUUAUAUAUUAAGUAUAUUAUCUAAACCAACUAUUGAUAAACAAUUCCAUAAUAGAUUAAAUUAUGAUUUAAGAAGAGUUCUUAAUCCUCUUGAUUUUGAAAAUUUAGAUAAAUUAAGUAUUCAAUUAACAUAUGGUUUAGAAGGUGGUUUUGAAUUAUAUUUAUCAAAACUAUUACAAGCUCGUCAAAGUUUUAGAAUUAAAUAUACUUUAAGAACCAAAAUGAAAAAAUUAUUAAAAAAUUUUAAAGAUGAAGAUUUAUUAUUUACUAUAUUAGCUAAAUCUAAUAUUAUAUUAGAAAUUAUAAAUCAUAAAAUUCAUGAAUUAAUUAAUGAAGAUUUAGAAAUGUUAAUAUUUAUUGUAAAUUCACUGAAAAUUGAAGGUGAAGAUUUAUGGAUGCCAUUAUGUAUGCCAAACUUUAAUAAAAAUGGAUUUCUUUAUAUAUUUGUUAGAUCAUGGAAUAAUUUAAUUUUAAUAUUAAUAAGUGGAAACAAGAAUUCAUUUUAUAAACUCAAGAAUUUAGCAAAUGAAAUUUUCAAUAAAAUUCAAACAACUCAAAAUCAAGAAUUAUGGAAAAAUUAUCAAACUGAUUUAUUAACUCCAUUAUCAUCAUCUAUACCAUUUGUUGUAAAACAUUUUAUUUAUGUAAAUAAAACCCUAAACCAAUUUAUAACAAGUGAAUUUCCCCAAAAUGAUAAUGAUCAAAUAUUACAAAUGAUAAAAUAUUAUACAACAUUAAAAAAUAAUAAAUCAAAUUUAAAAACUUCCAAAGACUCAAAAUUAAAUUAUAAAAAAUUAUCAUAUUUAAAAUGGGAAAAUAUUAUUGUUUAUCAAUUAUAA